CUGAUGAAACCAUCUUUUAUCCUGGAAACAGCAUGUUCUCCGGGUGCUAGGACCAGAACACGCUCCCGUGACGCAGGCAGCAGGGCUCCCUUCAGCCGCUGACCGUCCAGACACGCAGCAAGCUAUGAAGAAGAAGAGCAGACGUCCGAGGUCGUCGGAGGCUUCACGACAGGGCGGCAGGACGAUGGCGGACGGCAGCGAGGAAAAGAGGCCGUCUGGAAACAGAGGGAGGCCUCGGAAGACUGUCGCCGCGGACGGUUUCUACGGUGACGCCGCGGCAACAGACAAGACGGCAAACUCCGACUUCAGCAGGACGACGGCCGACGACACUCAGAAACAUCCAGAGAACAAGUCCAGGACGUCCGGUCGACUGUCCACCGCCGUCUGCCGGCUCUGCCACGGGAAGUUCUCCCCUCGCAGCCUGCGACACGCCUUCAUCAAGUGGCCUCAGGAUUCCCUCGACAUCGUGGACGAGGAGUCGGACGCCGCCGCUCAGUCGCCGCUGCUGUUCCACUCAGACUUCCAGCGAUUAGUCGGCGUCCAGCUGGACCGGGACCCUCGACUGUCCGAGUUCAUCUGCAAGAAGUGUCACGCCAAGUUCUACAAGUGCCACAGCAUCCUGCUCCGGUUCCUGCAGAGAGUCAACCUUCCGCCGGUCGGGAAGGAGCAGCUGAAGAGCCCGAAGAAUGUAAAGAGUCCAGAGUCGUCAGCCAACCACAGCUCAGCAGCGCCGGCCUCCCUCACCUCCGACCCGAAGUGCCUCCACAGCCUGGUGUCCUGGGCCCACCACCACGCCGAGGCCUGCCGCUGCUGCCCCGACCUGAAGGAGGUGCUGGAGGGCCGGUGCUGGGGCUCGGUCCAGGCCGUGUGGGGCUGCGUGGACGGCCACCGCUACAUCAUGGACGCUCAGAGCGGUGCCGGUUCCGGGCCGGGCCUCGCCGGGAACCUCGUAGGGGUUUCAGAGGAGGAGCAGGAGGACGAGGAGGAGGAGCAGCCCGGAGGAAACAGAAGCACAGGCAGCCUGGUCCAGCAUGGCCCGGCCGCCGGCACAGCACAGAUACAGAACCCAGCGCUGGACGAGUGGACCGGCCCCACUGCAGCAGACGGUCCGGUUCUUCAUCACGCCGGCCACGAGGACCCGUUAUCUCCGGCUGCAGCUCCGGAGGACAGAACCGCCGACAGCGAUCUGUCCGACAGGCUCGUGUCUGAGGAGGAGUUUGAGGAGAACAGAGGAGCAGGACUGUCGGACGAGGAGCUGUUUGAGCCGUACGCCGAUAAAAGAGCUCGCCGGCUGACCGUCCCCAGCAAGAGGAGACGAAGCCCGAAGGCCCCCGAAGAGCCCAAAGUCAAGAAGAAGCCCGGACCCAAACCCGGCUGGAAGAACAAGUUCAAACCUAAAGGGGAGGAGCUCCCCAACAUCUACAAGUGUCCGUACCAGGGCUGCACGGCGGUGUACCGGGCCCCCGAUGGGCUCAAGAAGCACAUCAAGGAGCACCACGAGGAGGUGAGGGAGCGGCCGUGUCCUCAUCCCGGCUGCAACAAGGUGUUCAUGAUCGACCGUUACCUGCAGCGCCACGUCAAACUCAUCCACACAGAGGAGAGGAACUACAUCUGUGACCAGUGUGGUCAGACCUUCAAGCAGAGGAAGCACCUGUCGGUUCACCAGAUGAGGCAUUCAGGGGCCAAGCCGCUGCAAUGUGAGGUUUGCGGCUUCCAGUGCCGCCAGCGAGCGUCGCUCAAAUACCACAUGACCAAACACAAGGCCGAGGCCGACCUGGAGUUCGAGUGUCUGAUGUGCAGGAAGCGCUUCGAGAAGGCCCACAACCUGAACGUGCACAUGUCCAUGGUCCACCCGCUGACGCAGGCCGAGGCUCAGCGGGGCGGCCAGCAGCAGCAGCAGCAGCAGCAGCAGCCAUCCUACUCGGACCUGCACACCAUCACGCUGACCGGGGAGGUGGUCCAGCAGGAGCAGGACAGGUGACGGCAGCAGGUCCGGGUCUGCUGCACCGGGAUGUGACUGGGUCCUCUGCUGCUCGGAUCUCCUUCAUUCCAGAAAGAAUCUGGAUUCUUCCCUCGCUGACAGCCGCUGCAGAGCAACCUGCUGGACCCGACCUGCUGGACCGACCGUCUGCCAUCUACAGGUGCAGCUUGUGUUUUAUGAGCUGGACAUAGACACAGAGUUAUAAUCCUCAAGAUCCACUGAACACAAGCUCAAUCUGGACUCAUUCUCUAAACACAGAUGCAAAACAAAAGGUAGUUUAAUAAAUAACUGUCUUUAUUAGCGGCACACUGUUCCCCCAUAACCAGGGCUAAACAAACAAACAAACAAACAAACAAACAGCACCGGUAUCAGGCCUGCUGUCAACGCUGCUGCAGCCACAGAUCAAACCACAGAGCAGCAGGACACUGAACUUCUUCACCAGACAAGUCACGGAGCUCAAACAUUGAUUUGUUGAGACGAAGAUUCAGAAGAACAUGAACUGAUUGACUUGUGUGUAAAACAGGACUGUAGCUGAGGACUGGAGUCGUCGCUGCUCUUCAACCAGCCGGCUGGUCACAGGGACAGAAAGCCAUCGAUGUCUGUAGAAGAACUAAACAUUCCUGCUCCUCCAGCGUCUCUAGUUUGAUUUCUGAUCGACUCGUCACCGUAGAAACUCCAGGAGACGCCUGACGUCCAGCUGCCCGACCUGUCGUUGGUCCUGAUUGGUCGCUGCUCCUGCUGCCGUCGUUCACGUUCGUGUUGAGAAGCAGCAGAGAUUCACUUUUAGCAGUUUUAAACUAGAAUUUGAAUGAAUUUCUGUUAUUGAGCCCAAAAGCGACUCGUGUUGCUGCUGUUUGCUGAGCAGCCGACCAAACUACAGAUGUGGUUGUUCAUCUCGUUAUGACAUGAGGUGAUAAACACGUACUUUGUUCUCUAACAGAGCUGCAGCUGGAUUCACUGAAGGCGUUUUUCUACUGUUCAGACACGUCCAGGUUUUGACGGAGUUCGUCCUCAUGACGUGCUUUCCUGCAGGACACAGUUUGUGCUGCUGCGUCCUGUAAAGCUGAUGAGCUGCUCCAGCGACCUCUGGGGUCUUAUGCAGUGUUUUAGUGGGUAGACGCUUUUAUUGAAGCAGCAGCAGUGGUGGCAAACAUUCAAUUAGAGCUCUGAUAUGGAAAUAAAUAAAUAUAAACCCAGUCAGUUGUUACUGAUGAGGAGACUGGUUGGACUCCAUGAUAAUCUUCAGGAUUAUAACUCGACGACAGCCUCUCUGGUGCCUGUUACAGACCUGAUGUUUAGAGUUUACACUGCCUGGUGCCGGUACGGAGGCCCGCAGAGCUCAACACGGUCCAGCCUUCAUGAAACACCUUCACCAGUUGGACCUCAAACACGAGCUAGCUGUCGUUAAAUUACUGAGUUGAAGAUCCAAAGAGGAUAAGAAUGUAAUGUGGAGCUGCACUAAGAGUCAGAUCACCGACGGGAUGAGCGAAAGAAAACUAAACACGUGUUUGACUGUUUAAAGAAUCGAUGAGGUGGUUUUAAAUUCUCAGAUUUUAGAGUUUGCUGCUCGUCUUUUGCCUCAGAAAGUUUCAGACUAAAUGACUUCAUGACGUCACCUGGAGCUGCAGGUAAACUGACAGACUCUCUACACGACGGGAGCUUUUCACUGACUCGUGCGUCUUUGUGUCGUCUUAUCAUGAUACGUACAGCAGCUCAUACAUAACCAGCGUUGCUUCAGGCUGACGGUGUAGAAGGAAUCGUUUCUCAUUUUACAGGACGAGGUGUUAGCCGAACAGAAAGCAGCCGUUAUUUGGUCAGUGUUUGGUGAAGGUUGGUGAAGGUGUUUCUCAGCCGGCUUGUUGCUCUGCAGCACGUCAAGCUCUCAGGUCUCCGUACUCUGAUCGACACCAAUCUGUUUAUCUGCUAGCCGACAGCUACAGCCACAUAGCGACGACUAUAACCGACAUUAAUGCAGUCCUGAGUCCUCCGAGGCAACGUUCUGGUUGCCCAACACAUGCAGUCUAGUUUUAUUAGGGCACUGUUUUUAUUAAGUUAUUACGACGCUGCGUUCUCUCUACUGUAGCAGUGAAAGGGCUUCACGUGUACGUGUGUGUAAUAAAGUGUGUAUUCUGUAUAAAAUGACGUGUAAAUAAAAGCUGGGAGUUUUCUACGAA